AUGUCAAAGGUUGUUGAGAAGGUUGGUAAUGUUAUAUCUAAAGACGAGGAGUUUCGGCGUGCUUUGAAUGAUGUUGUUUGGUGUGAGACGUUGUCCGUGGAGGAGUUUGAGCGGGGUUGGCAGGAUGUAAUGGAAAAGUAUAGCCUUGGUGAUCACCGGUGGUUUCGUCUUAUGUAUGAUCUGAGAUCGUAUUGGAUCCAUGCGUUUUUUAAUGAUCUUUUCAUAGGUGGUUUGCUUCGCACGACAUCUAGGUCCGAAGCUGCGAAUAGUGUGUUUGGUAGUUGCACAAACCAACAUGCUAGUUUGUCUGAGUUGUUCAACAAUUUUGAAGGGGCUAUUGAUGCUCAACAUUUGGCGCAGGCCAAACUGAAUGUCGAAUGUGAGGGCCACUUUCCUUUGUGCCAGACUCCAUUGUUGAUUGAGAAGCAUGCGGCUGCGGUGUAUACUGUCAAUGUUUUUUAUGAUGUGCAAGCCGAGGUUAUUGCGGGAUCUUUUUCGUGUUGUUCUGUGCGUUCAAAUGUUGAAGGGCUGGUAACCCGGUAUGAGGUUCAAGAUGGUGAUGAGCCGGUGAGCACCGUGAGUUUUGACUCUGGUAAUGUUGUUGUCGAGUGCACGUGUAACAUGUUUUCACGGGUUGGGUUACUUUGUCGUCAUAUUUUCUGGGUUUUCAAGGAUCGUAGCGUUGUUUCUAUCCCUUCUCGGUAUGUGGUCGCACGUUGGACAAAGGGAGCUUGUGUGCGGCAGUUGUUGGGUGUUCAACGUGGGGGUGCUUCGGAGGUAGAUGUUGCAAUUGGUGAAGCUUGGGCAGAAUUCUUUUCGUGCGUGACCAUGGCUUCACGAAGUGUUGAUCAUGUUACCAAGUUGAAUGCAGCUUUGAAAGAUUUCAAUGCUUUUUUAUUGGCUGAGAAUGGUCCUAGCGUUCGCUCUUCUUCUUCUAAGAAGUAA